GCAGGCAGACUCAGAGCCGAAUCGGCUAGCACCCGGGCCGAAUCCAACAAUCCGAUCGAAGCUGGUCGUCACCACGCUCUCGACGUGCUCAGCCACACUCGACGACGGAGAAAGUCGAACAAUUCUUCCCACAAAGUCAGGUCGGCCGAGCUGGACUAGCGAAUAAUCGGGAAUGCGGUCUACGGACUCCUUACAGGGCAACGGCAGGUGGCCUGCGAAGCCCCCGAUCAAGUUCCGAGAGUUGCUACCGAUGGAACUCAAAGACAAGGUGUCGGGCAAGAAGGGGAAGUCUUCGGACGUCGCAUGUCUGCCGGAGAUGAUGACUCUCUUCGCCUGCCUGUCGGAAAAGAACUACGACUCGAACAACUGCCCGCAAGAGGCGUCGGCCUUCCAAAGCUGCUACGAUCGCCACCUGCUGAAGAACGCCGAAUACCGACAGACCGGAUCUCAGGGCAUCUUGACGCCCGGAUUGAAGCCUUCGCAGCUCACGUCCCAACAAGCCAACACGCUCCUCAGAAAAUACCCCAUCGCCAAGAUGCUGAGGAAAGUUCGUUGAAUCAACCAAGUAGCACCGGCAACCCACGCUCGUUACAUGUAGGAUUAAUAAAUUUAAUUCAUUUUA